AUGAACCAGUCCUGUCUCUCCAUCCCAAUACCCCUACCGAAGAACCAGCCCUAUCUCCCCAUACCCGUAACAAAGAACCAGCCCUAUCACCCCAUACCCCUACCAAAGAACCAGCCCUAUCUCCCCAUAGCCUUACCAAAGAACCAGCCCUAUCUCCCCAUAGCCUUACCAAAGAACCAGCCCUAUCUCCCCAUAGCCUUACCAAAGAACCAGCCCUAUCUCCCCAUAGCCUUACCAAAGAACCAGCCCUAUCUCCCCAUACCCCUACCAAAGAACCAGCCCUAUCUCCCCAUACCCCUACCAAAGAACCAGCCCUAUCUCCCCAUACCCGUAACAAAGAACCAGCCCUAUCUCCCCAUACCCCUACCAAAGAACCAGCCCUAUCUCCCCAUACCCCUACCAAAGAACCAGCCCUAUCUCCCCAUACCCGUAACAAAGAACCAGCCCUAUCUCCCCAUACCCCUACCAAAGAACCAGCCCUAUCUCCCCAUACCCGUAACAAAGAACCAGCCCCAUCUCCCCAUACCUCUACCAAAGAACCAGCCCCAUCUCCCCAUACCUCUACCAAAGAACCAGCCCUAUCUCCCCAUACCCCUACCAAAGAACCAGCCCUAUCUCCCCAUAGCCCUACCAAUGAACUAG